GAGGCGCGUACGCUCGCGGAGCGCAUUUGUCACUCGCCCGGGUGUCUUUCCCCCACGCGGACACCCAGCCCGCGUGAGGUCCUCCGCUUUUAUCGAUUACCCACUCAACGGCAAAACGUAUCGAUGAGGACCAAGUGACGUGUGAAAACCGUUCACGUAGCGACCGAAGGAAUUUCUCUCUUUUUCUUUUUUUUUCUUCUUCUUUUUUUUUUUUUGUGGAAAAGUUUCCAACGGCCGCAUCUGGAGUCCGCGGAUGGGAAGAAGCCUCCGGCGAGAGGCGCACUUUAUUCCGGAGCUCUCCCAAUAUGGCCUCGCAGCCACUGAGGAGGUGAAGACCGGCACGCUUCCUUCCCUCGACGCCUCCUUCGCGCAACUCACCGCCAGCGCCAGUUCCCCCGCGUGCGAUCCCACAUGGCGUCCAGUCUGACGUGCGCCGGCGUGGUGUGGGCGCUUCUGUCCCUGCUGUGCGCCGCAGCGUCCUGCGUGGGCUUCUUCAUGCCUUACUGGCUGCUGGGCACACAGAUGGACAAGCCGGUGUCCUUCGGGACCUUCCGCCGAUGUUCGUACCCGGUGCGCGACGAGGAGCGGCAGGCCACCGUCAUGCUGGAGCAGUGCGGCCGCUACGCCUCCUUCCACGGCAUCCCGAGCCUGGAGUGGCGCAUCUGCACGGUGGUGACGGGCGUGGGCUGCGGCCUCCUCCUCUUGGUGGCGCUCACCGCUCUCAUGGGGUGCUGCAUCUCCGAGCUCAUCUCACGUACGAUCGGUCGCGUGGCCGGAGGCAUCCAGUUUGUCGGAGGCCUGCUCAUCGGAUCGGGCUGCGCACUUUAUCCACUCGGAUGGGACAGCGAGGAAGUGCAGCAGACGUGCAGCAACAGCUCGGACCAGUUUCAGCUCGGGUCCUGCCAGAUCGGGUGGGCUUAUUACUGCACGGGAGCCGGGGCGGCAGGCGCCAUGCUGCUGUGCACCUGGUUGUCGUGUUUUGCCGGCAAGAAGCAGAAGCAGUACCCGUACUAGCCGGCCACGGCGAGCGGGUCUGAUGGCAUGGCGUGACUACGGUGCACAGCGAGGGACAAACUGCAGGGACUCUUCCAUAAUGCAGCACAUACACACACACACACACAAACAUAUGUGCAUACACUACUCUCAGAAGUUAGGGAUGCAUCGAACUCCCGCAUAGUCGUGGUUAGGAAUUAGCGAUUUCGCCAAUUUGCUGAUCCCUGCAAGUAGAUGGGCUUCACUAUAUUUGUUUGUGAGGUGAAAUUUCAGGAUGAAUCUAAAAUGCACUACGAUACAACAAAAACCUUAACAGAUGAAAGUACUUUGAGGUUCCCUAAACUUGCAGUUGUCCAACUGUUAAUUUUUCAGAAGCUUUUUGCACAAGUGGCUUUUUUGUAACAAGGAGAUGAACGGCAAAAUUCACAACAGGUGUUUGAUCUAUGAAAAUUUCCAAGGACGUCCUCUUCUAUGCUUUUCUGUGACUCUUCCAGUCUCCCUGAAGUUCCGUUGGAACCUGAAGAGUGUGCCGGUUUCUGUUAUGUGAGAUAUGUGUGGCCUCAGCGGCCAGCAUCCUCGCCCCCUCCAAAAACAGCAAUAAUAAUAAUAAAUGGUAUAUGAAAUAACUUCAAAUUGCCUGUAGGUGUGAUUGUGAGUGUGGCUGUUUGUCUCUAUGUGCCCUGCGAUUUGCUGGCAACCCAUCCAGGGUGUACCCUGCCUCCUGUCAAUUGACACUCCCCGCGACCCUUGCGAGGAUAAGCAGCAAAUAAAAUGGAUGGGUAUGUCAAAUAGAAACGGUUCGCUUUUGUGUCGGGUCUGCUCAAAUAUCCAUUUUAGAGGAUUUUGCAAAUAAAGUGAGACACUAUCAUUGCCAAGGAAGUAUGACGUAUCCAUCCAUCCAUUUUCUUUGCCGCUUAUCCUCACGAGGGUCACGGGGAGUGCUGGAGCCUAUCCUAGCUGUCAGGAGGCAAGGUACACCCUGGACUGGUUGCCAGCUAAUCCCAGGGCACAGGGAGACUGACACCAACUCACAACCACAGCUAGGGGCAAUUUAGAGUCUCUAAUUAAUGUUGCAUGUUUUGGGGACGUGGGAGGAAAACGGAGUGCCCGGAGGAAUUCGACGCAGGCACGGGGAGAACAUGCAAACUCCACUCAGGCGGGUCCGGUAUUGAACCUGGGACCUCAGAACUGUGAGGCCAACGCUUUACCAGCUGAUUCACCGUGCCGCCCCCCCCCCCAAAAAAAAUAAUACUGUAAUAAUAAAUGGUAUGUGAAAUGGAAACAAUUGGCUUUUCUGUCGGGUCUGCUCAAAUAUUAGCCAUUUUUGAAGAUUUAGUUAAUAAGAGUGAGACGGUAUAAAUGUCAAAGUAUGAUGCAUUUGUUGUUCGAACGUCUCUGCACUUGGGGGAGAAAAUGAAGGUAACCCGUUGUUGGGAAGUACAUCAAAAAGGUGCGUAACAUAGAAACACAUUACACAUACAACUGUUACUAUAUUGGUAAAAUAUUAACACAAGACAAACUUUGCGAGUGUGAUUAGGUCAAUUUCUGUCUCAAAAAUCUUAUGUGAAUUUUGCCGUUCCUCAAAGGUCCCCUGCAGAGGAAGUUGAACAAAAACUUUUGACAAAUUGAACGGUUGCACGUGUUGAAAGUGGGUCAAGUUCAAUCGGCCAGUAGAGGUCGUAGUUCAUUUGGAGCUUCAUCCUGAACUUUCCCCAGGAAGCCAACACAUUUUCAGAGGAGCGUAUUUCCGCUCACAGCUUUGAAACAUUCUCUUUAUGUGUGGACCAACCUGUUUGUAACGCUUUAAUAAUUUCUCUUCCUUUCCCUGUCUCUUUGACUUUCCCUUUUGAUGUUUAUGUGUCCUGUAAUGAAGACGUAAGUCAAAUUAAUAAUAAUAUUUCUGACUUCAUUGUAACGUGAAGUGUUCCUGUGUCUUCCUCGCCUUAAACGCCACCACCCCGAAAUGCAAUAAUCCCAAAAGAAGGAUGUGUAUCGUAUCUGUUGUCUAUGAUGAUGAUGUAGUUUUAUCAAAACAGCACGUUUUGUUUUGUAUUCACACCUCAAAUUAUUCUGUUUUGUAAAUAAAUGUUUAU